AUGGCAUUUGUUCCAUUUACUAAAGAGGAGCGCCCACUUACUUCAGACUUGUCAGCUGUGUUUGAUUGUAAACAACUGGAGCAUAUCGAACCUGGCGCACGUUAUCACUUGACAUCAUUCCUGAGACAACAUGCUGAUAUCUUUGCCGGUAAUGACCAGUCACCUGGGAGGUGUGAUAUAGUUAAAGUUAAAUUAGACACUGGCACACACCCACCUGUUAGUUUACGGUUGUACCGCAUUCCCUUACUUCAAAAAGACUUAGUUGAUAAACAAAUUAAUGAUAUGUUAGAAGCUGGCAUGAUUCGACCAAGCAAUACUAAAAAGGUCCAUGUGGAACAUUUACGUUUUGCUAAUCCAAAUAUUUGUUGGGAAGAAGAGCUUGGGGAACCUAAACACAUUCUCGACAAAGUGCUGCAAAAUGUCGUGAAUCAAGGUCAUAGACGACAACCUCUUCGUGCUACCCGGACUUUACCACGUCCUAAGGUUGUUAAUCCGACUAACCCUUUAGCGGAUUCAGUUAAUUCAGACUACGAAUUCGAUUCGAUGUCCUUAGCUCGCGUUCAACAUGCAUUAGAUUCCUGGGCUUUGGCAGCGUUUCGGGCUUGUGCCAACGUUAGUACAGGGAGACUGGAUUCAUCAGAUGGGUGUGGAGUAUCAUCCCUCGGUCUAGGAAUCGGCGGGUACAUGUUGUUGGGGAGUAGAGGAACUGUAGGAUCAGGUCGAGAUGUUGGUUCAUCGUUUGGAGCGGAAGCCAUGAAGAAAAAAGAAGAAUUCAUCUCCCGAGACCCCCGACCACCACGGACCACGACAUCCGCGCGGGCUUUACGCGGACUCCAGCGCCGACGCCCUAGGGGGGUGCUCAUCAAAUUUGCCACAACAGAUGGAGAAUCAACGUCAGCUACCGGAAUUGAAGAGGCAAUGAGAACUUUACAUUCUAUGUGGAAAAUUGAAACAUUAGCUGACCCAGCCCAUAUUAGUGUAUCUCAGUUCCGCCAAUGUUGUAAGGCUAAUUUAAGCGACAGAAUGUUCAGAGGCAAAACAAACGUUUUAAAAACAAAUCAAAAGAAAACUUUGGGCCAGGAUAUAAAAUCCAGUUGUAGCCUUGUGAUCAAAGAGAUGUACAUUACUUACUGCGGAGAUGUGGACAAACUUUCUGUUAAAUGA